GACAGGUGGAAAUUUUCUCAGAUUCUUGUCCUUGUACUACUAAAAUCAUCCAUAGCUAAAGAUGCAUCCAGACCUGUCUCCUCAUCUGCACACUGAAGAGUGUAAUCUAAUUAUCAGUCUGCUCAAGAAGUGUCACAAGGAGCACAACGUUCUGAAAUUUUUUGGCCAUUGCAAUGACAUUGACCGUGAGAUGCGAAAGUGCCUGAAGAAGGAGUAUGAAGCAAACAGGGCCAGGAACCGAGCGAAACGACAGAGGAUAAUUAAUGCUCACAAAACCUCAGAGCAGUGAGCUGUGCUGCAGCUGGACAGCAGCAGCUCCAUGGGGACAUUCACUUGGAAGUUGACAGAAUACUUCUGUUCCAUCACCAGUGUCCAGACCAUGGUUUGUGAAAUGGUAAAAAAUAAAUGCACCUAAUACAUCCUCAUUCACAGCGAGGCAAACAAUGUAGAAAAAAAUAAAUAUUAUAGAUCUCUCACAACUUAA